AUGCAGCAACGCGUUCACGAGGACUUGAUUCGUGAAGAGGAUACGAGGCGAGAGACGGUUUGGGGUGGCAGCGACGGAGAGGCAAAGGAAACAUCGAGCCUUGGUGAAGCAGAGGAAGAGAUGGGAACUUGGGGACGGAUAUGGGGAACCACUGGAUCGUCCCAGACUCAGGAACGGGAACGAAACACAUAUGGUUGUCCAGAAUUUCCAACGUCGACUGGGUAUACUGGGCGGGAGUACUCGGACAAGCUGGAGUUUGGGAGGAUCUUUCGGAGUGAACGGGGAGGCGGUGGGCGUGGGUCAAUCAAUGAUGUCGCAUAUCUCGACGUCGGCGAGGUUGGCAUUGGAGUUCUCAGCAAGGAAGAUGCUUCAUACGCGAUUGCAAAGCUAAUCUUCUGGUCGAUCUGA